UUUAAUUCCAGGCUCGAGAGUCUCUAUUGUUGGGUAUUGAAUCAUAUUCACUGCUACCUUUCCCUUGCAUCAAAAACUGCAAAUAAAAAGAAGAUAAGCUCAAAACCCAUAGCAUUCUCUUACCCCACCCCCACCCCAACCCCAACCCCCAACCCCACCCCCGAUCCAAAAUUUCGUAAUUCUCACUCCAUACCAUAAACCCCCUUUUUUUAAAACCCUUUAUCAUCAGUUCAUUCACUAUAUGCUGUUGAUUCAAAUUUACCAGAUUUCAACUUAAUUUUCGAAUUAAAAGAGCGAUAAAAAUGGCGAUUUCGGAUACUGUAGUGGGGAAUUUGACGACGUUGUACCUGUUAGUAAUAGCGGCGAUGAAGGCUUACGGAUUGACAACUGGACGGAGCUACGGCGGAGUUUUUGUGCUGAUUGUAUCGACAGUUGUUGUAGGAAGUCUAUUGAUUUUGAGUCUGACGUGGGAUGUGUCACGUAAGGCUACUAGGUAUGCUUUGACACGCGAUCAUCAUCCUAUCCAUCAUCGCAACCAGCCACGUCAUCAUUCCGACGAGUUGUGUAGAGGUGGUAUAUGUUGGCACGGCGUUGCUGUUAGAUCUCCGGCGUCUCAGUUUCGGUUCCGUCUUCCUCAGCACCACGUUCGCUAGUGAUUUUGGAGAGCGUUGCUUUAAGAAAAUGAAAAUUGAGUGGUUUUUCACUGUAAGUAUGUAAAUUAGUUGUGGAAUUUCUAUCUUCUUUUUUCGGCUUUUUGAAGAUUGGAAAUUAAAGUUGGGGAAAAUCAGUGUAAAAUAGUCACCGGCAAGAGAAAUCGGCAUCGCAGUUUAAGCAUGUAAAUAAAAAUAUCUGCAAUUAAUUUUCUCUUUA